UCCGGGGUCAGGCACGACCUGUAGGUAUCUUCCACCUUCUUUCUUGGAAGUUGCCAAGAGACACCUUAACAUGGAGGCACCUUCUUGGAAAGAGCUCUCCAACAAAUAGGUGUGGGAGAAGAUAUGGAGAUAACUAGGAAGCUUGGAUGCAACUUCCUCAUGUCUCCAAACCAGCCCUAUAAAUAAAGUGCUCCAUUCUUGUUCAUAGUAUAAGUUUAGAAAGUGAGAAAAGUGUGUGAAGAGUGAAAUACACUUAGUGUAGAAGUGUAUUGGUGAGGAUUGGUUUUUUGUAAUAGUUGAGUGUGAGAGUUUGCUCCUCCUAUUGUAAUUCUGUUCUUGAUAUUGAAUAGAAGAAUUUUCCAAUCCCAACAAGUGGUAUCAGAGCGAGGUCACCUUCUGUUCCUUUAAACUUUGAAGUGCCAGAGAAGAAAUGGUCAGGAAGAGAUGUUUCUUACUCUCACUUGAAAGUGUUCGGGUGCAAGGCAUUUGCACAUGUGUCCAAGGAGUUGAGACAGAAGCUUGAUCUCAAGUCAAACCCAUGUAUCUUCAUCGGCUAUGGAGAUGAAGAAUUCAGAUACCGGUUGUGGGAUCCCAAAGUGAAGAAAGUUAUUCGAAGCAGAGAUGUUGUAUUUUAUGAAAACGAGUUUCAUGGGUGUGCUCCAAUAAUCCGCCAACAACAUACUCCAGAAGACGAAGUGCCUGUAUCAUCAAACAUUCCUCUCAGCGACGAGGAGAUGCAUGAUUCUACCGAACACGAGAGUGAUGGUUCAGCAGGUGAUGAUGAUACUCACAGUGAUGAUAUUCCUCAGCAGGGGGAGCCUUCAUCUGAAGACGAAUCUGAAGGUAUUCAUGUUCGACGUUCUAUGCGAGGCAUAGUUCCACAAAGAAAAUACUCCACAUCCGAAUGGAUACUUGUUGCCAGCGAGGGGGAGCCAGUGAGCACUGCAGGAACGAGAGAAAUAAAGAAAAAGGUGGAGGGGGAGAUUUGUAGGUAUCUUCCACCUUCUUUCUUGGAACUUGCCAAGAGACACCUUAACAUGGAGGCACCUUCUUGGAAAGAGCUCUCCAACAAAUAGGUGUGAGAGAAGAUAUGGAGAUAACUAGGAAGCUUGGAUGCAACUUCCUCAUGUCUCCAAACCAGCCCUAUAAAUAAAGUGUUCCAUUGUUGUUCAUAGUAUCAGUUUAGAAAGUGAGAAAAGUAUGUGAAGAGUGAAAUACACUUAGUGUAGAAGUGUAUUGGUGAGGAUUGUUUUUUUGUAAUAGUUGAGUGUGAGAGUUUGCUCCUCCUAUUGUAAUUCUGUUCUUGAUAUUGAAUAGAAUAAUUUUCCAAUCCCAACACGACCGUGCCUGCGGAGCAAAAAAGCGUGUCCCGGGUAAGGCAUUGUGUGCCUCCCUGGCAGGCACGGCGUGCG